GCGGAGCUGCGGGGAACAUGGCGGCCUGCAUCUGAGAGAAAGUGAGGAGACUGCAGUCCAAACGCCCAGCUUGUGUAUCAGACCAUCUGCCUGACUUCACCUCAUCUGCAGGACUCUGGCUGUCAUGGGCCGAACACCACAUAGAGAUCAGAAAGAGGACAAGAGGGAGAGACGAAGCAGCAUCACAGCGGGCUCUGCCCUCGACAAAUCUAACGAACCGUUCAGCUGGGAAGAAUAUUUGAGGGAAACCGCCUCCAGUGCAGCCUCACCUACAUGCUUCAAACAGGCCAGAGUCCCUCCCACAAAUGACUUCAAGGCUGGCAUGAAACUUGAGGCACGAGACCCUCGCAACUCCAACUCGGUGUGUAUUGCAACAGUGAUGGGCAUGAUGGGUACUCGUCUACGCCUGCGUCUGGACGGCAGUGACAACACCAAUGACUUCUGGCGGCUGAUAGACUCGUCAGAUAUCCAACCAAUAGGAACUUGUGAGAGAAAUGGAGACAUGCUGCAGCCUCCUUUAGGGUUUAGAAUGAAUGCUUCUUCAUGGCCCAUGUUCCUGCUUCGGACGUUGAGCGGCGCAGAGAUGGCACCUGCAUCUGCUUUUAAGAAGGAACCACUCAAUCCUGCUAAAAACUACUUCCAACCUGGUAUGAAGCUGGAGGCUGUGGACCGGAAGAACCCCUACCUGAUUUGCCCCGCCACAGUGGGAGAGGUCAGAGGGCAGGAGAUCUUCAUCAUGUUUGAUGGCUGGCGAGGAGCGUUUGACUACUGGUGUCCCUUUGACUCCAGAGAUAUCUUCCCUGUCGGAUGGUGUGCCCUGACAAAACACAACUUACAGCCACCUGGAAACUUCUUCACCCUUCCUGGUGCCCUCCUCACCCCCGUCUCUUCAACCUCAUCCUCACUCACUACACGUCGCUCCUUUUCCAGCUCCAUCUCCAUGCAGACCUCCUACAGACUUCCCAAUCCCUUGCCACCCCUCCCUGUACGCAAGGGUGUCCGAGGUCGCCGUCCCAAAUCUCAGACCAUAGCUUUGUUGAAGGCAGCGGCCGAGGCAGCAGCAGCAGCAUCAGUAAAUGGGGCAUCAGAGAGUCCUGCUCGAACGAGCUCUGGGGCUCAACUGGCCCCCAGACCACACAAGAAGAGAGGGCCCAAGCCUGGGAGCAAGAGGAAAUCCCGGGGGGUGCAACCAUUGGGAGCGUCAUCAGUACCAGCACCACCACCAGAGACCAGACUGAGCUCCGGCCACGCUUCCACAGAGACCAACCACAGCAACGGCUCAAAUGUUGUUUGCACAGUGUGCGUUUAUGUGAACAAACACGGUAACUACGGGCCGCAUCUUGAUAGAAAACUUGUACAACAGCUCCCAGAUCACUUUGGCCCAGCUCCAGUGAAUGCAGUCCUUCAACAGUCUGUCCAGGCUUGUGUGGACUGUACCUACCAGCCGUCUGUGCUGCUGUCCUUCCUGCAGAGCCAGUCCCACUCAGGAGGAGAGGUCAUCAGAGUGCGGUCAGAACAUGGCAUCCGGUACGUGAAGCUGCCCUCUGCUUCUAGUGCUUCUUCUGUGCUACGUUUUCUCGAGAACAUGUGUCAGCAUCUCGAGAGUGACAGUUUGUUCAGUUCGCAGCCCUUCAGCCCUUAUAGCAACACACACUUCUACGACAGAACCAAGUCAGAGCCAAUGCCUAUCACUGAAAAUGGCCUGCCCAAUGAUGACUCCAAAAAGGAUCCUGCUCCGACCACCCGAUCUCUUCACGCUGCACCGGAAUACCGAAUCACACAGAAGGACCGAGCAUUUUACCCAGGACACACACGGACGCCUCCGCCCCUGCGGCGCGUCAGCUCCAAUCCAGCUGAACUCGGCACACUGUGUUCACACAGAAGAGUAGAAGCACCCAGUUCAACAACAGGCCCAGACCACGUGGUGCAGGACAAAGAGAGCUCAGGCAGUGACGCCUCUUCCUGGUCAGUCGACGAUGUCGUACGGUUUGUGCAGGAGGCCGACCCCCACACUCUGGGCCCUCACAUUGAACUGUUCAGGAAACAUGAGAUUGAUGGCAAGGCCCUGUUGCUGCUGCGCAGUGAUGUCAUUAUGAAGUACAUGGGACUGAAGCUGGGCCCGGCGCUCAAGCUCUGUCAUCACAUUGAGAAGCUGAAACAGUCCAAACAAUAGAGGAGGAUGGAAGUCACGCUGUCUGGCCGGCAAUCACUCGUCUACACCACAGGGAUGUAGUGCUGUACAAACCCACCUGAAUACUAUGUAUUUUUUAUUUACAGCAUCAUUUUCCUCACAUUCAAGUAGGUACACAUACAUGAGUGUCAGAUACAUGAGCAUAAACAGCAAUUUAUUGUGGAUAUUUAUUAUGUAGACAGCCCUUUCAGGCAUGCACUCACUUCAUGCUACUGUAGCCAUCCUUUCCUCAUUUUACUUCCUCUGAUAAUGUCAAAGGAGAUUACAGUACGCCGUGUGAUAUUUAUCUCAAACUCUGUGAUGACUGAAUUUCAUAAAUGCAGUCAUGUUGCUGAUAAAGGUUCAUGUAGGAUUAUGGUACAGCUACAUACAGUAACCCAACCAGUCACACAAGUCCAUUGACGCUUUUAAAGCUACGGUGUGCAGGAUUUAGUGUCAUCUAGUGGUUAGGCUGCAGACUGCAUUAUGCCAAUACUGAUCAAAAUAUUGCUUCGCUCUAAGGUUUGGCUUCUUUGCCAAACAGGAUUCAUGCUCUUUUACCUUUUGUUCUGAUGAGCAGUGUAUGAUCCUUCAUUUCACAAAAUGAGGGUUCUCAAACUUGUUGGCCUGCACUAGCAACCAAUGGAGUGGGUGUACAGGGCAGCAACCACUGAUUUCUCUUUUAUUCUUUCUGCUGCGCUGCAAAAUGGGAAAGUAUGAAAUAAGUUUGUCCACACUUUACAAGUGUGGCAGUGCCUCCAUGAGAAGUCCCACUCCUGUGUAAAUAUGAAGGCCUUAUGUUAAGUUUACGAAAAGACGUUGGUUCAUUGUUGCUGCUAAUUAUACAAGAAUGAACACACAGUUAUGAAUUCUGUAUUCCAUUUCAAAUAAUAAACACCCCUAAACUCUACACACUGUAGCUUUAACUUGUCUGCUAAAUAAUCAUAAUUUAGCAGAGCUGUGAGGCAGUUUUGCUCUUAGAAAGAUGAACUGUAUGUGUGAAUGAAAGGGGGGGAAAAAAAUAAUGCUCCCAGCAUCCACCGUGCAUGCUUGAAAAGGGCUUUGAUGCCUUUUAGCUUCAUGAUUAACAAAUGGCAACCAUAAUUUCUUCACCUAUUUACCUGCUUCUUUUCCUUGUGCACAGAUAUGGUUGUUUUUAUAUAGUUCAACAUUUUGGGCAACCUGCGUAUUUGCUUUCUUUCCAAAAAGAACCUGAGAAGCUGAGUAUCAGAUAAAUUCAUGGGGGGGGUUGGUUCACUGUUGACACAAGUCAUCAUUGGUCAAAUGCACAAAAGUAUCAAAUGUUCCAUCAUGAUGGCAACAGUGUUGCCAGGUCUUCUUCUUAUACGCAUCUUAAGGCUUGUUUCCAAAAUGUGUUUGCUUAAUUAUGACUUUAUUACAAAUCUGAAGUUGUUGAGUAUGUCAACCUACAGUCACUCACACACUGUAUUCACACCAUUGUUAGUGGGCAUCUUCUCUGUCACUGCAAAGUUGCACAAAUAAAACAGAAAUGGAAUGUCUUUAAUAUAACUAAAACCUGGAGGCACUGUAUUGACUCAUUAUUAUAGUAUUACUCAUAUUAUUUUUGGCAAUGUGUAUAACUGUGGAAAUUAAAUGAAGUACUUUACAGUAGUAAGUGUUAAAAAACUCUAAGACAUCACUUAAGUUGAUCAUCUUCUGAAAAGCAAAUUUGCUGCUUUUGCAAAGCGUGGUAUUUUAUUUGUCUUAAGAAGUCUGACUACACUGGUUACUGAAUUAUUUUAAUUGAUACCAGCUGUGUAAUGCAAUUCUUCAGGAAUCACCAAUAUACCUAUGACUGGGUCAGUACUAGUCUCAUUCUGAAUAAUGUGUAAUUCAAUUCAACCACAGAGGGUGGCACUAUAACCUUGAGGAUGGAUAAAUUGAAUCCAAGUAAGAUAGUGCUCACAUCUGUAAUUAAGACAAAAAACAAAUUGUGUGAUCUAUGGAAGUGAUUGAUUAUUGUAAGUGGAAAUGCUGCAGUGUCUUUAGAGUCGUACAUAAAUGCAUCACCCAUCUCACAGUCAGAAACAAACACAGUUGGGGAAAUAUCAAGGAUUGGACGUUCAUCUGGGGACUCAUUACUAAUUCUCAGAGAAUACUCAGUUUUGCCUUCUGAUUUAUCAAACUGCUGCAUUUCACUUGGCUAGCUAGCAUCACUAAGUUUACCAUCACCCACAGUCAAGGUAUGAGACUUCUGUCUUUACUGUUAAAUUAAUUAAUUCAAAUUAUUAUUGAGCAGUAUGUUUGACAGGGUUUUUGAAGAAACCACUAUACAAAAAAAAUACAAUAAAGUAAUUCACCUCAAAUGUAAAAUAACUUUCAUAUUUAUUUUAUGGGCUUAAGUAAAUAAUAAGAUUAGUCUUGUUAAAAAGACAUCAUCAUUUCAUUUAAACAUUACUCAGAGUGACUGUGUUAUGGAAGAGUGCAGGUGAACUUACUGUUCAUUUUUAUUUAAUCAGAUGAGGCUAGCUGUUGGCUCGUUUAUAGUAAACAAACUGUUCCAAACUGUUCCAUCUUCAUUUGAGAGGGGACUGAUACCAUUUUCUCAUGUAACCCUUGGAAUUAAAGCAAAGACUAAUUCCCAGGAUAUUUUUGUUUUUGUUGGAGUUUUUUUCCUGCUCGAUGUUUGUUUAUGGGGAAGUCAUGUUGCAAUACUUGAGCUAAGACAGGAUUUCAGGUUGGAUGAUCUACCCUCAGUUGAAAA